UUCGCGCGAAAUUUCACCGCUGCUCCGCUCACAAGGUGCUCAAGAUGGCGUCGCGCAAGAGAAUAGUGAAGGCAGAAAACGGCACUCUAUCAGCCAAGAAACCGAAAGUGAAUGGAGUUAUCAUCAAGAAGAAGGGACAUUCUGAUGAAUUCGUCGAUGGGGCGAUCGUUCGAAUCAAAAUGAAGAAUUUCGUGACAUAUGAUGAGUGUGAAGUAAUGCAAGGUCCACAUUUAAAUGUUCUUGUUGGACCUAAUGGGACUGGUAAAUCAUCCGUGGUGUGUGCACUCUGUCUUGGGCUUGCCGGCCAUCCCCGCCUACUGGGCAGAGCUAGUGAGGUUGGUGAGUUUGUCAAGCAUGGGGCAUCUCAAGGGAUGACAGAGGUUGAACUGUAUAAUUCUUCGGGCCACAACUACAUAAUCACUAGAGACAUCUACAGGGAGGGCAACAGAUCUGUGUGGAAGAUCAAUGGCAAAGGGGCCACUAUGAAAGAGGUUCAAGAUUUAACAGCAAGACUCAAUGUCCAGAUAUCCAACCUCUGCCAGUUUUUACCACAGGACAAAGUUGUGGAAUUUGCAAAAAUGACACAGCAACAGCUUCUUAUGGCAACUGAAGCAGCAGUAGGCCCACCUGGGAUGCAGAGUGAUCACCAAGAGCUGAUUGAUCUCAGAAAAGCAGAGAAGGAAAUUGAGCUAUCUCUGCAAGAGAAGAAUAGCCACUUGGAAAGGUUACAAGAGCAGAACCAACGCCUUGAGCAUGAGGUGCAGCGGUACAAGGAGAGGGAGCGUCACAUGGAGAUUGUUCAACUUCUUAAGAAAAAAAGACCUUGGGCUGAAUAUGAGGAGGCCCGAAAGCAAUUUGUAGAGCUCAAGACAAAGCGUGAAGAUGCAAAGAAGCAACUUGACCAGUGCCGUAGGGAGAAUGCCCCUAUGGAACAGCAACUGAAUGCCAUUGUACAGCACCUCUGUCAACUUGACAGAAACAUGAAGCAACAGGCAGAGAAAGGCUCAGAGACUCACAGAAAGGCCAAAGCUAAGAGUGAUCAGCUAGAAGCCUUGGUGGACAAGAUUGAGGAACAGCAAAAUCAUUUGAAAGAUAUGCAGGAUGAGGAGAAGCGUAGGCAUAAAAAGAUCAGUGAUCUUGAAAGACAGAUUCAGGGGUAUGAGACGGAGCUGGAAAGGUUGCCUGACCCAGCAGAACUACAGCCUAAGAUAGAGGAGAUAAGUGGGAAUGCCCGCCAACUGAACCGCCAGAUAACAGCCUUACAGCAGGAAGGCCAGCAACUAAAUAGAAACAGAGAGCAACUGAAACUUCAAGCCAGAGAUAUCCAGAGUAGGCUUCACAGACUUGAAGACAUGAGGAAUCAGCGACUUGAGUUACUUCGCACAAGGUUUAAAGACACCUAUAAUGCUGUCAUGUGGCUGAGAGAUAACCAGGACAAGUUCUCACAGCCGGUCCAUGAACCCAUUAUGUUACAGGUGAACAUGAAGAAUAUUAAUGAUGCAAAGUAUCUGGAGAAACUUAUCAAUGCAAAUGACAUGCGGUCAUUUGUCUUUGAAAGCAGAGAAGACAUGAACAUCUUUAUGGAUGAGGUACGUGAUAAGCAGCACCUGAAGGUCAAUGGCGUGGUCCCCCCAAAUGAACCACUCUCAAGCUUCCGUCCAAGGCGCUCAAUUGUAGAACUCAGGAGAUGGGGUUUCAAGUGCUAUCUUCAGGAUCUCUUCACUGCUCCAGAGGCUGUCACUAAGUACUUGUGUGAGACAUACAGGGUACAUGAUAUUCCCCUGGGUGAUGAGUCCACUGCUAAGAACUCCGAUCAGGUUAUUGAUGAGUCUGGACUUCGAAACUUCUUCACACCUUCAUCACGGUAUCGAGUGAAGUUUUCAAAGUAUGGGAAUAAGGAGAAGUCAACAAGUGUUGAACAUAUCAGGGAUGCCAAGAUUCUGAACAUUGCAGUUGAUCUUGAGCGCAAAAGAGCACUUGAGGAGGAGCUACAGGAGAUCCAGGUACAACAUCAGUCAUCUAAUGAGCGGUAUGCAGAGAUCGUAGACAAGGAAAAGGGUCUUGCCGGCCAACUAGAGGAACUGAGGAACAGCAAGAAAACAUUAUCUUCGCAACUACAGCGAAGAAAGACGCUUGGAAACCAAAUGGAGGCCAAGCAAAAUACACUGGCUAGUGUUCAGAGGGAGGCACCAGACCUAAAGGCUAAAGAAGCUAGGGUUGAGCAUGAGAUUGAUAAGAUUAAUGUCAAGAGGACGAGGCUUGCGGAAGAUUUCAAGGACGCUAUCAAGGAUUGCAUGGCAGUCUGCAAGGAGCGUGUUUUGUCCAGUUUCCAGCACGCUAAAGUAAACAUGGAGAAAAACAAGCUUGAGAAUCAGUGUAGAGAGUCGCAGGACAACUAUGCAAGGCUUGAGGAUGAGUAUCGUCGGGCCCAAGCCAGUUUGGAGGCACAGAAGUCAAAGGCUAGAAACCUCAAACAAGUGGCUCACCAGCUGACAGGCAUACCUAUGGGAGAAGACGUGCCAGCGAGUUUGAAGGAGGCCUUCAAGAUACUGCCGGACACAUUGGAUGAAAUUGAUGAAAGAAUAAAUGAGGAACAAGCUCGAGCAGAAUGCAACUAUCAGACAGACCCGAACGUUAUUAAGGAAUAUGAGAGCCGUGACAAGGAAAUCAAGAGUAUGUCGGGACAAGUAGACGCACAAGAGUCAAAUCUAGCGGCAAAACAGCAACAGAUUGCAAACCUUAAAGAACGGUGGUUGGUUCCACUGCAGGAACUUCUUGCCAAAAUUAACGUUAAGUAUGGAGAGUUCUUCCGGAUGAUGGGCUGUGCAGGAGAAGUCUCCCUCUCCACUGACCAGGGCGAGAAGGAAUACGACAGGUAUGGUGUCCAGAUCAAGGUGAAGUUCCGUGCGAAGGACUCCCUCCAUGUGCUAACCCCCUUCCAUCAGAGCGGAGGCGAGAGAAGUGUGUCCACCAUGCUCUUCCUCAUGGCGCUCCAGGAGCUCACCCACUGCCCCUUCAGGGUCGUCGACGAGAUCAACCAGGGUAUGGACCCCAACAAUGAGAGGCGUGUGUUCGACCUUGUAGUGAAGACAGCGUGCAAGGCCCACACGGCACAGUACUUUCUGAUCACCCCCAAGUUGCUGCCGGACUUGGACUACACAGACCGGAUGACGAUUUUGUGCGUGUUUAACGGCCACUGGAUGUUACCACACAGCGAGUGGAAUAUGGAUAGAUUCUUGAAGAGAAGACGUUUAGCUCUGUCCUGCUAGUACAACACAGUAAAUAAAUGGAUUAAUUUGUGUUGCUCUAUCAAGCUUGCGAUUCACAAUGAAUAAAAGAGAAGACAUCUAGCUCUAUCCGGCCACUGAACGUUACCACACGUAGAGUGUAAUAUGGAUAAUUUCCGGUAGAGCAGAACAUUGAUUGUUUCAGCUGUUUCAACAGUGAAUAGAGAAAUGAUGCUUUACUCCAUGCUGCUAUAUCCAGCUUACGAGUCAUGACAAAAAAAAGAGCAAGACACCAGGAGGAAGGGUUUAUCACAAAAGUAAAAGACUAGUUAAGGCCUGGCUACAUGUCUCCUAAAUGUUUCCUAGUUUAGCCACCACCAAAAACAUGUAGUGCGCGACAAAUUUUGUAGACGCGACACGAUAAUGUUUCUCAACUAUCUAUUGUCGCUUCUACAAGAUUUUGGGCGCGCCAUAAUGUCUACUCUUUGGGUGGCUAAACUAAGAGACAUGUCGCACGCUACAUACAUUCGAAAAACAUCCCUAAGAAAUAACUGCACAUAAAAAGAUCUUCCCUAAGAAAUACCUUAGAUUCAAAAAUUACCCAUUGAAAAAACGAGUUCAGAAGUAGUGUAAACAAGUCUUUUGUUUAGAAGUUAAUAUAUAGAUUUAGGCACUGCCUAAAAGCGGAGCCAGCUUUAUUACCCAAUUUCCAUAUUGGGAAUCUUUGGGCAGUUUAGGGGUAUGAUCCCCUGAACAAAAUAGUUUCUAGACUAGAAUCUAGAAUUUCUUUUGAAAAUAAAAAAGAGAUCCAUAAUAACAACAUUCACCUCAGUCCAUAUGCUGUAAAAAGACUAAAGUGCUAUAUGUUUAACCCCCCCCCCCCCCCCCACCCACUUUGGGCUAGAAUUUAUAGCAAGUGUGUAUUAUAUGAUAGGUAAUUUUGUUUUCAACAUUUUUUGAUUGACUUGAUUUCAAGUGUAUAAUGUGAUAUUUUCUUGUUAAUAGUAUAUUACGUAACACCUUAAUUAGCAUAAAUUAAUACAAAAAAUAAUUAGUAAAUGGUGAAAAAAUUUAAAAUGAGGGAACCAAUGUGUAGCCCAUUUUGUAAGCUUUCCAUAGACAUAUAGCACAAGCAAAUCGGAUAAAAGCAGAAGUGGUAGGAUAUUUUACAAUGAGAGACAAAAAAUGGCCCAUUUUAGGGCAGGCACCAAAGGGUUAAAAUGCACGAUCCAAGCUAGAUUUUAUUUUAUCUCAGCUAUUUCUCCCAAUGUAAUGAACUACAACUACAAAUCUUUGUGAAUACAAAUAUUAUAAUUCACUAUCUUUUUCCUACUUCAGUCUAACAGCACAGUUAUAUCAUUCUUAAAUGUUAACCUGCCAAUUUAAAACCCCAGACAAAGUUAGCAUAGGUAAGAAAUGAGAAAUCCCAUUUGACAGCAUCCAUUAAGGAGGGGGAGGGCUUCUCCUAAAAUAGUCAAAUGGGGUUGUUUGUCCUAUCUUAAGGGUAUGAAAUCAUGCUAACUGCUUUUCCUUAGGGAGUGUUCAAAAUGCUUAGAGAAAGAAAUUGCUUGACCACACCUAAUGCGCUACCUUAUGGGGGUAGAAAUUACUGACCACACCCAAAGUGUUAUCCCUCAGGGUUGAGAUCGAUCACCCCCUUCUGUUUUAAUGGAAGUCUCUUUGGGUAAAUGGGUAUGGUAAACAGCAAUUUUACCCAAUAGCAGAUAUGGCAAAUACGCAGAAAUGUAGGUUCUGAAUAAACUUGAAUGUAUCUAUUUUAUAAUAUCUUAAAUGCACAAAGGAUGCUGAAUAGCGAAUCAAAUUAUUGCUACUCAUAAGUAGCUUGAAUCCCACAAAA